GAGGAUGCAGUGAUCAUUGUUGGCGCCGGCAUUGCCGGCCUAUCUGCAGCCGCAUCCCUGCACAAGGUGGGGGUCCGGGCGGUGGUGCUGGAGAGGGAGGGGGGCCCGCGCGAGGAGGGCAGCGCAAUCACCUUUUGGCCCAAUGCAUUCAGAGUCCUGGAUGCUCUGGGUGUUGCAGCACCAGUCAGGGAGAGCCAUCCGCUGGUGCGCAGCUUCGGGCUGGACGAGUGCGAGGGAUCGCCCCAUGACGCGCGCAUCGUUCGACGCAACUCCCUCCUGGCAGCACUACGGACCGCGGUUCCGGACGGCGCCACCCAUUACGGUGUCACCAUCGCAGACGUGCAUGCCACAGAGACCGGUGCUGAGGUGGAGUUGGCUACCGGCGAGCGGCUGCGGUGCAAGGCAGUGGUGGGUGCAGACGGGGUCAAGAGCCGCAUCGCUGCCAAACUGGGACUCAAACCUGCCACCUAUGCAGGAGAGGUGUACUACAGGGGGGUGGCCACGUUCCCAGAGGGCGUUCCUGAGCCUCCUGGCACGCUGCGCAUGAUAUGGAGCCAGCGCGGCGUGAGAGUGGGAAUCUCAACAAUCUCAGCCACCGAGUGCUUCUGGUUCACCACACUCGCAUGCCCCGAGCAAGCCAAGAUGGAGACUCCAGAGAAGCGCCAGGCAAGAUCUCUCUUGCAGCUGGCAAAGGCUCGUUCGCAACCGGACGCGAUUCGCCACACGCCAGCGGACAAUAUCAGCCGCUCGCGCAUCGUGGACCGGUGGCUGAAAAAUGGGACAAUCUUGGGCCAGGGGUGUAUCACUGUGGCGGGGGACGCGCUGCACCCCAUGACCCCCAGCCUCGGCCAGGGCGGCUGCAUCGCACUCGAGGUGGGCACUCCUGCACCCUUCUGUCUUGCUUCACCAAACAGAGAAGGAUACUGA